GCAGUCGUAGUCGCUGUUGGCCUUAAUAACUAGAAGUUGGGCCUAUAAUGCGACAUUGGAAAUUUUGUAAAACCUCAUCACGCGUCCUUAAACGUAAUUUUUGCAACAUUUCUUAAAAUCUGGACGAUAGGAUUUCGGAAAAUCUGCGACCAAUACCGAAUGUGGAGAAACUGAACACUGAAAAACUUGUUUGCACUACUUCGGUUGAUGAAGUUUCCCCUCUCAUCUUUUACGAAGUAGCAUUUUAAUUAGAUCCUCGUCAGUGGACUUCAUCUUGUCUACCUUCAAACACACAGUAUGUCUUUGACAUCUAAUGGAGAUGGGCUGCAGGAGGUUCGCCUAUCGAGCUUUCCGUCAGUGGUGGAACUGAAUGUCGGCGGAGUAUUCUACACGACCUCCAUAAGCACAUUGACAAAAGAACCAAAUUCCCUUCUAGGACAAAUGUUUACCGGCGAAGGCGGAAAGACAGCGAUGCGAGAUUCUAAAGGAAAGUUUUUCAUUGAUCGAGAUGGUGUGAUCUUCCGAUAUAUUUUGGACUAUCUUCGAAAUCAGAAGGUGCUCCUUCCCGAAAACUUCCACGAGCGUGAACGCUUGAAGCAAGAAGCCGAGUAUUUCAUGCUUCCAGGUAUGGUGGCUAAUAUUGAAGCUCUUCCCUCAACUUCCCAUUCCCACCGGGUACCUUUCAGCCUAGCAGCAGCUUCUCAUAUUUCCCGACCUCCUGGAUAUAUAACGGUUGGCUACCGAGGAACCUUCGCCUUUGGUCGAGACGGAUUGGCAGACGUCAAAUUUCGGAAACUCACUCGCAUCUUGGUUUGUGGAAAGGUUGGUCUCUGUCGUGAGGUAUUUGGAGAAAACCUAAAUGAAAGCCGAGAUCCAGACAGAUGUAACAUGGACCGUUACACGGCACGAUUCUUCCUGAAACAUAAUUUUUUGGAGCAGGCUUUCGACGAUCUUAACGGAGCUAGCUUCCGCUGUGUUGCAGCUGCAGGUUCCGGAACGGCAUGUGGGGGUACCGGCGAACCACUUAAACCUGGAAUGGAUUCAGAAGAGAAUCGGUGGAACCACUACAACGAGUUUGUGUUUGUCAGGCCAUAAUCUCUAGUUGUUCGUUACCAGAGAUCACCUGGGUAACACCAGGAUUAUCGUGGCUUGUAUUUGCACAAGGCUUCUGUGCGAAAGCAAAAUAGUGUUGAUUUUCAAAUGAGACACGAAAACUUUAUUCUUUCAUUCAUCUAUUAGAUGUGAUCCCAUUUUGUACAAUUGUUUAAUUGUUGAAUUGCUUCUGAGAGCUAGGCCUAUUGAUCUGGAAGAACAGGAUGAGUAUAUUUUCGUAUAGUUUCUUCAAAAGCUACUGGAGUGUCAUGGUAGGAUAAUUUGUCAUUAACAUUGAGGAUAAAAACAACAGUGAUUAGAAAAUUGGAAUUGCACAUUUUUCUACCAUGUUACUGCAUUGUAGUGUUUUGAAAAGGAGAACGAGUAGAGAGGCUAAAGGAUAAUUAUGAUAAAACUUGGCUGGAUAUGUUAAUAAUAUUAAGAAUGUUUCGAUUUAUUUUGUUUUAAUACUAUUGUAAUUUGCUUGAUAUGUAUUCGUCUCCAAGACAGACUAACAGCCACUGAUUAUUGUUUUUUUCAUUUCACGAAGAACUUUGUGGAGACAUAUAGUUUCACACUAACAGUAUAAGCUAUUUUAUGAAUGUUGUGGUGGCCUUUCCUAGGUUUCUAAACAACUGGACAAACAUUUCUGUAUUGUUAAAGCGGAAAAUAAGAAGACACAAUUAUUUUGAGACCAGGCGUAGCCGAGUAUUUAACGUUCUUGUACUGUAAAUCCAGGUAUUCAUGACUCGCGUCCCAUUUCCCCAAAAACAUAAUCUGCAUUUUGGGGCCGUGGGUGCGCUUUGAGAAAAAAGUUAGACCCAUCUCUUUGGUCAGAUAAUAGAAGAUCAAGAGCUCGUGAGUACUAUGGAGUAGUUCCUUUCCCUCUAAUCUAUCAGUUCAUGAUUAUGGGGGGAGGGGUAUGCGCAGAUAGUAAUUUGUGUAGAUUUGAAUAAAAAUUUUCAAAUAAACCAACGAUUAUUUUAUUGUGUUUUGAGCCAGAAGAGAGAUGGGUUACAUGACAAAUAGUGGGGCUGUUCUUGUGCUUCAUCUCUCUUUUGAAAUGUUGAAAAUUGUUGACCUAUCCAUCCUUCCACAAGAGAGUUUCAGUUAAGUAGUUGAAACCAUUUAAGUUUAGAUUAGAGCAUGUCAAGUAUUUCAAUAAAUUCGAACGACGGACUAAGACAUAGUAACUGCUACUUCUACUAUUAGAAACAAAGAGCAUAUAUACAAAAUAGUCAAAAAGUAUACAACAGAAACGAAUAGGUUUGGCUUGUAGAUAUACCUUAAACCUGACCUUAAAUUUAUUUUACUCUUUUCUAAGUGCCUGGCUGCAACCUUCCUUAAUUUGUAGCAGAUUCUGUUAUGUUCGCUAAAACUGAAAGUCAUCUAUCACAGAAGGGGCUCAAUAUAGUGAUGUUUCUAAUAUAAAAUUUUUCUGCAUUGUAAAUCUGUCACACUUAUGAUUCUAAAAAAAUAUUAUCUAAUUAAUGUUGAUUUACCGUACUGAACGAGGGGAACUAAUCGUGAUAUCUAGAUUUGUUGACUUAAAUAAAUAUCUAAUAGUAGGGUUUUAAGCACCUAGCUUAUCAUGCAAUCUCGUUAACAUAGACAGAGAAAGUAUGAAGUCAUUCUGUGUCACCUACUUCGAGGUUUAGAUUAGGGAUACUGAAAUGAUAAAUCUCUGUUGCUCUUGCUAGGACUAUAUAAUAUAUGUCUUAUAAUGUCUUUUUCAACUUUUCUUUUAUAUGAAAGAUAGCCUUAGACUUUGAGUUGGUGCAUGCAAAUUUUUUUUCUUUUUUCACACGAAACUAACAACAGUAUUUCCCCCAUUGUACAGCUAUAUUAAUACUAAAAUCACGAAUAUUUUCUUGUGUGAACGGUAAAGCUUGAAACUCUGUCUUAAAGUUUAAGCGCAUUUUAGAGCUGUGAGUAAUAGCUAGCGGCUAGUUAAAGAUAAAUACUAAUCAUACCUGGAAUUGAUUUUUAUGUAUUGUGAGAAAUUGUGCCAACUCUCUGAGUCUGGAUGAAUGGGAACAAAACAACUAAUUUUCAUUGAGUUAUCCAUAUCGGGAUUCGGUAGGCCUAGUAUAACCAUUUUAACUUUACCUAUCCAUAUCGGAAUUCAUUAGGCCUAGUAUAACCAUUUUAACUUUAGCUAUCCGUAUCGGAAUUCAGUAAGCCUAAUAUAACCACUUUAACUUUUCCUAUCAAUUCAGAAUUCAGUAGGCCUAGUAUAACCAUUUUAACUUUACCUGUCCAUAUAGGAAUUCAGUAGGCCUAGUAUAACCAUUUUAACUUUUGCUAUUCAAUUCAGAAUUCAGUAGGCCUAGUAUAACCAUUUUAACUUUAGCUAUCCGUAUUGGCAUUCAGCAUGUCUAGCGUAACUCAUUUUAAUUUUAGCUACUAUGGCAUGGUUCAACAGUCCUAACAAGUGUGAUUAAAAUCUCCUAUGACUUCAUAUGUUUUGAAUCACACCUCAGUAUUAAUUUGAACACUUGAAGCACAAGUAUUGUUUCUGAUAUCUAUGGACUGAUACUUAAAACUGGAGCCACUCUUGUGGAAUUUUUCCAAAGUUAUAAAACUUUAAAAUUACUUCCGACAAAUAUAGAUUUUGUGUUACUAUUGAAAUAGAAUACAUAGACUACAUUGCGUUGAAAGAUGACACGGGGAGUAGGCAGAAAUCAAUAAAGGGGGCGUUACUUUUUUAAGAAAAAGGAAAUGAGUGGUGAGGUCAUACGGGGGGGGGGGUGAGGGCAUUACCCUCUCGGGAAAAUUUUGUAAUUUUCCUUGAAAAUGAUGCAUUUUGAUGUAUCUGGGGCUGUUUUUACACCAUAUAAAUGCGUUUUAAAAAGAUACGGGCGCAACGAUCGCACCCCUUUGCCCACACCCAUGUGAGAGAAUAUAACAUGUCUGCAAAUAAGCGAAAUCGAAGUUAAAAGCUGUCAUGGCAUGAAAAUAUCAGAUGUCUUCAUGUUUUCCAAAAUCUUUUUCAAGUGUCAGUUGUCUUCUUCGCUUUAACAAAUAAUUUUAGUCAGUAUUUAGAAACUUAGGAAGAAAAACCUAAAAGUUAAAACUAAAAUGAUUAUUUGUAGUUAUGAAUUAUAAAUCUAGAAAUGUGGAAUUGAAUUACAAAUUCAACUAAUUCAGUCAAAGAUGGGUAGUUUACGUUGUAUAUUGUAAGUCACAUACUAUAUAUUUCCCGGUAAUCAAGUUAUAUAUUGUGUUGUUCAUUGUGAUACAUUUAACGUUAUAAAAAUGUUACAGAUUAUCUAGACAAAAGUGUUAACUUUUUUUUUGGUAACAAAAAUAAUUAAAGUGUUAGCUAUAUAAUACCUGUGCUGUAAACAAAUAACGGACAAAAUAUAGAUGUUUCAGUAGUUCAAUGGUAACGUUGAUUUUUUUAUUGAUAAUAUGAUUGUUUAGUAUUAGUGACACAGUUGUUGUUGGCACUUUGAUUUCUCUAAUGUUCUUUAUUUUAUCUAUUCAAAACACAUUGGUUUGAAUAUGUUUUUUUUUAAAGUCUCUUUACAAUACUUUCAUGAUUCGAUGUAUUUUAUUCAACCAGAAACAUCUAUGUAAAUCUGUAUUAGAUAUUAUAGAUAUAGAUUUAAAGGUCUUACUUGUUUUACAUAAAUCACGAGAUUUGGUCAAUUAUUAGCUAGGCCUCUCACUCGCAACCUCUUUCAAUAUUUCUUCUAAUGUAAUUGUGUAUCGUAUUCAGCGUUUGGCUAUUGGAUGUUCUAAUAAACCUGUAUACCAUGCAAAAAUAAAUGACUAUAUAAUGAGA